AUGGUCACUCUCAAAGCUUGCUUGCUGCUCCUUGUUAGCUCGGGAUUGGCGUUUGGCGCUGCCCCUGGCGCCCGUUCUCGCCGCAGAGGCACCACUCCCACUUAUCCGCACGACAAGGACACGACCGGCUACUGCACCCGGUGGCUUGAUUAUAACGAUGAGCUUCCAUGUGACCAAGUGCUUCAGGCAAGCUUCAUUACUCUGGAGCAGUUCCAGCGUUGGAAUCCAUCGAUCACCGGUAACUGUGAUGGCAUGACUGUAGGCAAGUCCUAUUGCGUGCAAGCGGCAUUUGAACCCACGCCGACGGCAUCGCCAACCGGACCAUCAGGGCCUACGGGAACACCCGGCACCAUCGAGACCCCUUUGCCAACACAGCCUGAGAUUGUCGACAACUGCGACAAGUUUCAUUUGGUAGAGCCUGGUGAGAACUGCGCUGCCAUUAAAUCCAAGUAUGGCAUUUCCCUUGCACAGUUUACACGGUGGAAUCCAUCAGCUGGUAGCAACUGCGCAGGCCUCCGGGCUGAUGCCUAUGCCUGCGUGUCUAUUGUCGGCCAUGAGCCGUCCAAGACCACUUCUUCACCUUCCCAGCCAACGCCUACUAAACCAUCUAACGGUAUUGAGACUCCUCUCCCAACACAACCUAAGAUUGUCGACAACUGCGACAAGUUUCAUUUGGUAGAGCCCGGUGAGAACUGCGCUGCCAUUAAAUCCAAGUAUGGCAUUUCCCUUGCACAGUUUACACAGUGGAAUCCAUCAGCUGGCAGCGAUUGCUCAGGCCUCUGGACUAAUGCCUAUGUCUGCGUCUCCAUCAUCGGCCAUGAGUCCCAACCAACUCCAACAAAGCCUCCAAAUAGUAUCCAGACGCCCACUCCGACCCAAAAUGGGAUGGUUAAUAACUGCAACAAGUUCCAUUUUGUUGAGAUUGGGAACAUCUGUCCAGUCAUUCAGGCGAAAUAUAAGGUGACAUUGGCAAACCUCGUCAAGUGGAACCCAGAAAUCAGGGCUGAUUGUACCGGCUUAUGGGCGGGGACUUAUCUUUGUGUUGGAACGUUUUGA